AUGUUGGUACCAAUGAUUGACUUCGUUUGGCUGACGUUCAUCAGAGCUUUUGCCUUGGUAAUGCAGCUGGCGGAGGAUUCGAGGACCAUCAUGAUGCUGGUCAGCUGCACGAUGGCCGUGGCCUUCAUUCUGAAUGUUCAUUCGGGAAGAACUAUCUUUCGGGAUGUGGUCAACACAGUGGCCAACAGGAGACUUAAAUCCAGGCUGGACCAACAGCCGUCGCCAAUUGAUAUACCAAGGAACACGGUGAUCAAACGGCAAAUAAGGCAUCCCUUGGAAUGGACGCACUACGAGGAUCUUCCAAUGGCGACCGUACUGGAAAACAACGGAAGCACUGUGGUCAUGCGGAUAUACACGGCGACCAACUCUAUGCCCCAGCUCAGUGGAGCUGAGUUGCUGGGUAGAUACCACUUCGUGGAGGCGAUCUUCAAGUGGGGCAGCCUGAAAUCCGAGCACUCGAUUGGCAAGCAGCAAUUUAGCCUGGAGAUACAGGCCCUUCAUCGUUGCAACCAGCUCAAGGGCAAUUUGGAAUACCUCACCUUGUCCUACUUAUUUGCGCUGAGUUCCGUCAAGAACGAGCCGCUCAACGAGAUCUCUGAUCAGCUCAGGUGGAUCCUGCAGCCAGGCUCUUCGAUUGAACUCCCACCCUUCCAUUUGGCGUCACUACUUCGGCCAUUCGGAGCUGGUCACUACUCCUACCACGGCACCUACGACAAUGGAGACGUCGCUCUGCCCACCACCUGGCUGAUCAACCCGGACAUAUCCAUGGUCAGCUCGCGUCAGUUGGCCCAGUUUAAGGUGAUGUACGGAAAGGAUGGCAGCAGGAACUGCAGCAAUGGUCGUCAGGAACAGCCCCUGGGCAGUCGUAAAGUCUACCUUAAUAUCUGA